AUGCCACAGCAAGUUAACAAAUUGAGUGCCCGCACACCCGCCACAGUGCGCCAAUCGAUGUGGGUAAUGCCGGUUACCCCAUCGUGUUGCCAAGGUCCAGUACUCCGUAUUGUCGGAGGAAGCCAAGGGCCAGCGACGUUUUUCUUCUGGAGGACCCGUUGGCCCUUAGGCUACGGCGUUAUAAAGCACCGGGACAAACCACGUCGUGCUGGGGCAGAAAUAAUAUCCAAGAAGGUCCUGGGUCACGCGUCGACGUGCCAUCAGCAGUAUCACCCGCACCAGGUUGCUGCUGAGCGGUGGUGA